AUGAGUAAAUUUGGCUUUUGUAUCUGGUGUCCUCCUCCCAAAGAUUCACAUAUUCUUAGACUUGAUUCAGAGGAUAAAGUUGGAUCUAAAAUUACUGGGAUCAGAAAAGAUAAAAAAGAUGGGAUUUCAGUGGUAAAACAUCCCGAUGUUGAUGAUGAGGCUGUUCAGAGUCAUGUGAAUGAAAUGAAAAAGAAAAGGAGGAAAAGGAAGCAAGUCAAUGACCUUCGAUUUGAAGCAUCAGGGGACUUGGGUGUUACUGGAUCCAAAAGGAAAGAGCGCAAGAAACAGCGCUUGGAAGAAAGAAAAAAGAAACGCAAGAAGAUCAGGGAAGAGGAGAAUGUGGGCUUCCCAGCUCAGGAUGAAGUAAAAUUUGGAGAGGUUGUCGAAGCUCCCCCAAAGCUUGUUGCAGUUCCUAAGGUAUUCAAGACCACUCAGGAUGCAUCACAAGAAAGACUGCGUAUACAGGCAGUUGAGGCCUACAGGAGACGCAAAGGCUGGACAUCAAGGCCCGGGGUUCAGCUUCCAGCUACUGCAAUUUUGUCAGAACUUUCAUAGUUCAAUGCAUACUUAAUAAUUCUCUUAUUCUCUGUGCAAGCAAACACGUAUGAACUAUCUGUACCUCCUGUGAAAGGAUGAAAUAUGUUUUACAUGUUAGGGCCACCUUUACCAGAUUAGAUGGAUGGUACCCUUUCAGUAGACAUUUCCGAGUUUGGCUUUUUGUGGGAGGCAUUGUCUGGUCCCUAACCGUUCAUGUCAAGUACAGUGGCCAUACCACACAAGUUGUGAGCUUGUUUCUUUGCUGUGCGUUCUUUUGCGAGGAAAAUGCUUCACUUCUACUAAAUUUUGUCUUGAACCUUUUAUAGGAUAAAUACGAGUGAGUUAAGCAACCUUGUUUUGAUUUUUUA